CUUUUUCGGAACUCCAUUACGGCAUUAGUGACGGAACACGAGCGAGAAUAAACGUUUGCUAUCUCUACGUUCGUAUCGAGCACUUACGGCCAUGAAUUGAAGCGACCGCCUUGUGUAUAGUCCACAUUCAUUGAAAGACCAUACGACCUGUUGGAGUCCGAAAGUACAUCUCAAAAUGAAUCCUCCCAAAUCUCCAUCUGGGUCACGGUUCCAAGUGGACCGACGUCCACCAUCACCUUCAGGAUUGCGGUUCCAAUCCACUGACGAACCGAAAGGGCCAGUGGUGGUACUUGGAGUCUGCGCCAUGGACAUCAAGGCGAGGAGUAAAGCAAUGCGGGAGAUCUUGACACGGCUUGUGGAGCUAGAAGCUGGCGGCGUGGACGUCAAGAUCUUCGGAGACCCGGUUAUAUUGGAAGAAGACAUCAACCACUGGCCACCGGUAGAUGUUCUCAUCUCCUUCUUCUCGACAGACUUCCCACUUCCCAAGGCAUUAGCUUACACGCAACUUCCCAAUCGUACACCUCCGAUAUCCAUCAAUUCUCUUGCAAUGCAGUCUCUUUUAUGGGAUAGACGGUUGGUGCUGGCUAUCUUGGAUCACAUAGGAGUGCCAACACCCAAACGGGCUGAAGUAUCACGGGAUGGUGGGCCGCAUGUUGAUGAGUCGCUCCGCAUGCGAGUUAGGACAGAUCUGGGCUUGGUAUUGCCCGGACAGACUGCCAGAGACGAACAUGGCUGGGCAGAUGUAGUGAUCCCUGAACGAUGGAAAGGCAAGAUGAAGAAAGACCCUGUACCUCGAGGCAAAGAGGUCAUCUUAAGGGAUGACGGAGAUGCCAUCAUCAUCGACGGGCACGUGAUUGAGAAACCUUUUGUUGAGAAACCAGUCGAUGGAGAGGACCACAAUGUGUACAUUUACUACAGGGGAGGCGGUGGUCGUCGCCUAUUCAGAAAGGUCGGCAACAAGUCAAGCGAGUACGAUCCAGGACUUGUUCAUCCCCGAACUAUAGGAUCAUACAUCUACGAAGAAUUUAUCAAUGUGGACAAUGCCGAGGACAUCAAAGUCUACACCGUCGGACCCAAUUUCUCGCACGCUGAGACGAGAAAGUCACCCACAGUCGACGGACUCGUCCGCCGCAAUGCCGACGGGAAAGAGACGAGGUUUAUCACGAAACUCAGUAACGAAGAGACAAGUUACGCCAGGGACGUGGUCGAUGCCUUUGGGCAGAGAGUAUGUGGAUUUGAUCUGUUACGAUGUCAGGACGGGACGCGGAGCAUGGUCAUCGAUGUCAAUGGAUGGAGCUUCGUCAAGGGCAAUCAGGCAUAUUAUGACAAGGCGGCGGAGAUUCUUUCGCAGGUCUGCCAGGUCGCUCGGGAGCGCAAAUUAACGGCUCUUAAACCUGGUGCUUCGGUUUUGCCUCUUCCUGAUGCAUCCGCCAUCGGGUCCAUAUAUAGUACUCUGCGGGCAACGGUCACAGUGCUACGACACGCCGAUCGGACGCCGAAGAUGAAGAUCAAGUUCUCUUUCCCGGCUUCCGAGCCUUGGGCACGACCAUUCUUGUGUCUGUUGCGUGGCCAUCGAGAGGAGAUCAUCCUAAGAGACCCUCGUCAACUCCAAUUUAUCCUUGCUGCAGCAGAGGAGUCGUCCAAAUUGCCAGGCGUCACUCCUGAGAUUCUGACAAAGCUGGCCCAGCUCAAGGAGGCUCUGCAAAAGAAGAUCGAUUUGCCUGGUACAAAGGCGCAGCUUAAACCCAGCUUUGAGAAGAAGAAGGGCGCAAAGACCCAUGAUGAUGAGCCGAAGAAGGAGAAAAAGAAGAAGGCUGCGGGCUCCGACGACGAGGACGAGUUGACGGAAACGGAGAGGAGUCAAAAGGUGGAGAACUGGCUCCGAGGCGGACCUCCACAGCCAAAGACAUUGGACCGUGGCGAUGGGUUCUCCACUCUGGGGGGCACGUCCACAUCACCCGGCAGUACAAUCGAUCUUGGCGAUGACAAGCCCAGGACGCCGGCUGGAAAUGAGGCGAUGUAUGCUUCCCAUAUCCCAGAGGGGUUGGAGAAAAUGCAGCUUGUUGUCAAAUGGGGAGGAGAAAGCACGCACUCAUCGCGUUAUCAAGCUAGAGAUCUUGGAGAUGCUUUCAAGAAGGACAUUAUGAUCAUGAACAAAGACGUCUUGAACAAUGUCAAAAUCUAUACCUCAUCAGAAAGACGAGUCAUUAAUACUGCCCAAAUAUUUGCACACGCGCUGCUUGGCGUAGAGGGUGGAAGCUCUACAGCUUCCAAUUCAUCUCAAUAUGCCGGAUCGCCAUCUUUACACCCUACAGCUAUCGUCAAUGGCGGAACCGCUGCGUCCCCUCCAAGCAUCGCUGGACUGCCUCCAACUUCAAAUCUACUCGUCCCUGAUCCUUGUCCCUCUAUUAGCCACCUGAUUGUGCGCAGAGAUCUGCUGGACGACAACAAUGCUGGCAAGGAGAAGAUGAACGAGGCUAAGAAACAACUCAAGGUAUUACUGCGUCCGGGGGAGAGUGAAAGGCGUCCUGAUCUCGCCUGGCCAAAAUCUUUCAAGCGAGAGCCAGUGCAGGUUGUCACGGAGGUGAUAGAGCAACUGACCGAGCUUCGGGCGAUAAUGCGAAGAAAUUACGAGAACGGAAACGUCGACAAAAUCCCGCAGACCAGAUGGUGCUCUGGUGACAGUCCCUGGCUGUUUAGAGAACGAUGGGAGAAGAUCUUUGAGGACUGGGUCGGAGUCAAGCAAGAAAAAUUCGACCCUUCCCGCGUCUCCGAGCUAUACGACAGCAUGAAAUACGAUGCUCUGCAUAACAGGGCCUUCUUCUUCGCAGUCUUUGACCCCAGGGGCGUUGGACUCGGCUCAAAGCCUGGCGUUGAAUCGGCUGAUAGACGGCUGCACGACUUGUACGGCUUGGCCAAGGCUCUGUUCGACUUGGUCGGCCCCCAAGAGUAUGGAUACGACGCCCAAGCAAAGGAGGAGAUUGCUGUUCUGACCAGCUUGCCGCUUCUGCGGAAAGUUUGGGGCGAUCUGAACGAAGCAAUGACGACGGGCAAGUCGCUUGCAUGCUUCUAUUUCACCAAAGAGUCACACAUCACUACCUUUGUGAACCUGCUGCUCGCUUCUGGACUUCCCCUUGGACCUGUUCGAAUACCCGAGCUUGAUUAUUGCUCCCACUGCACCAUUGAAUUGUGGGAAAAGUCCGCCAUGGGUGGCCACAAGGACUUUUCCGUCCGGCUCUCGAUAAGCGAAGGCGCUCAUUCACCUGCUGUUUUGGAUUCUAGUGUCGAUGCGCGACACAGUCUGACAGUCCAGCCGAGAAAGAAGCUCAGUUCGCAUGUAGAGUAUGAGUUAGCCAGGCAAUGCUUUUCCAAACACUUUGACAAAGGCCUGUCCUUCUCGACGACCCCGUUAGAGGGCGAUGCUGUCUAUCUCAAAAAGGCGGUCCAGGAUGAGUCUGUCCUGCCGCUGAACCUGAAUCGUACUGGCGAGGAGACACCCCGACUAGCGAGUUCUGCGGGAAGUGAAAGAGGUCAUUCGCAGCAUCCUAGUGGGCACAGUGAUAGUGGAUGGUAGUCCUAGUCAGCUCAAAAAGCUCACGCGGCAUGCUUCAUGCUUAAUGUAGCAGAUGACUUCUU